AUGCCAGUAACGCUCUACACAUACUUCCGCUCCUCAUGCUCAGCGCGACUCCGCAUAGCCCUCAACCUGAAAGAGAUCCCAUACACGCCCAUAUUCGUCAACCUCCUAAAAGGCGAACAAUCCUCACCAGCCCACAAAGAUAUCAACCCAUCAGGCCUCGUUCCAGCCCUCAUAAUCGAACAAGAAGGCAAAGCACCAGUGACAAUCACGCAAUCCCUAGCAGCACUGGAAUACCUGGACGAAGCCUUUUCAGGACUUGCCCUCCUACCAACCGAUACGGAGUCUCGUGCUCAGGCACGUACGCUGGCUUCUAUUAUCGCCUGUGAUGUGCAGCCCGUGACGAAUCUCAAGAUCUUGAAAAGAGUUGCGCCGCUGGGUGCGGACAGGGCUUCUUGGUCGAAGGAUUUGAUUGAGGAGGGGCUAAGUGCGUAUGAGGCUACCGUGGCUAGAUCUGCGGGGAAAUUCAGUGUUGGGGAUGAGAUUAGUAUUGCGGAUAUUUGUUUGAUCCCUGCUGCAUGGGGUGCGGAGAGAGUCGGGGUUGAUCUGGGGGCUUUUCCUAUUACGUGCGGGAUUAUUAGGAAUCUAGAGGGGGUGGAUGCUGUUAUUAAAGGGCACUGGCAGAAUCAGCCCGAUACUCCCGAGGACUUGAGGGCGAAGGAGUAG